UGCACACAUCACGUGACACCUCGGAAUCAUCUGAAGUAGACUCUAAUCUGAAGAAAAGGAAAGAAAACUCGAGCAGCGGUCGACAGCCUGCAGGCUAAUGCCCUAAUUUUCAUCAUCACGGUUUUGCUGCGUUUCAUUGUUCAUUGUCAGUUUGGUAAUGAAACCGAUACGAAGGAAAGCAGAGAAAGCUAGUGGCAUGACAGCUUACUGACCAAAGCCAAUAGCACGACUUUAAUCUGCUCCCGGCCUCAGCAAAACAGACACAUCGACAGGAUUACAAAAAAACAUAGAAAAUGGUUGUGACAAGGCGAUCUGCUCGUCUGGCUGGCGGAGAACAAAACGAAUUGAGUUCUGAUCCAGAAGUCGAUAAAAACAAAGCUGUGAUAAAUGGGACGCCUGUUAUUGCGAAUGGAAAAUCCAUCGACACGAAUAAGAAAGACAAAUCUGAGAAGUCGCACCCCAUGGUAUUUGUUGUCUUUGUAUCCUUGCUCCUUGACCUGCUGGCCUUCACCAUGAUCCUGCCACUGCUACCGGCUCUUAUGGAGCUUUACAGGAAUCAUGACGACAGCGGUCUCUUUCAGUGGCUGUUGACCAGAGUUCAAUAUUUCCAACAAAUACUCGGAGUACCUGACCGCUACAAUUCCGUUCUUUUCGGAGGAUUUUUAGGAUCGUUGUUUUCUUUUCUGCAAUUUGUUGCCUCACCGAUCAUGGGCGCCUUUUCAGAUCGCUUUGGACGAAAGCCCGCUAUUCUCAUUUCAUUAAUUGGAAUAUCAGCCUCAUACGUCCUAUGGGUCCUCUCGAAUAAUUUUGCACUAUUCGUGUUGGCCAGAAUCGUAGGCGGACUGAGCAAGGGCAACGUUAGUUUGUUCCUUGCUGUAAUUGCUGAUGUAUCAACAAGUGCUACCAGAGGAAAAGGAAUGGCCCUCGUCGGAAUUGCCUUUUCUGUUGGGUUUGUCUUGGGACCAUUGAUAGGAGCGCUUUUUGCUCAGUGGUCUUACACUCAGGAGGGACAAAACUGGUUUGUUGUUCCGGCUUCGCUAGCACUGGCUCUAGCCGUCCUCGAUAUUUUGUUUGUAGCAUUUGCUUUCAAGGAAACCCUUCCUGAGAACAAACGAGCCAAAAGUGUUGCGACGAGUGUUUCACAAGCGUUUGCGUACAUCAAUGUGAUGGAUCUACUUAAGUUCAGUGCAGUGAGCAACUUAAGCAAACAAAGUCAAAGUCAGCUGCGCCGAAUCGGUCUGACGUACUUCCUGUAUCUCUUCCUUUACUCCGGCCUCGAGUUCACCCUUACAUUCCUAACUUAUCAUGCAUUUGGAUACACUCCUAUGGAGCAAGGCAAGAUGUUUGCUUUUAUUGGCAUAACUAUGGCUGUCUUACAAGGAGGCUACGUUAGAAAGGUGCCAGAGGAGAAAACUCACUCGGCUGCUCGUCUGGGUCUGCUGUUGACUGUCCCAUCGUUCCAAUUUGUCGGUCUUGCGGCAUCCCCUAGCAUGCCGUAUAGACAAGUCUUCCUGUAUAUUGGCCUCUUCCUGUUUGCAGCCUCCACUGCGUUUGUCGUCCCUUGUAUGUCCACUCUUGCUGCACAGCAUGGUAGUCAUGAUCAAAAGGGAAAAGUUAUGGGGAUACUGAGGUCGCUCGGAGCUCUUGCUCGAGCUUUGGGUCCAGUAGUUGCAUCAACAGCUUAUUGGAGUGUUGGAUCUUCAUUUACCUAUAUAUUUGGAGCUUGUCUUUUGACCAUUCCAUGGUACCUGAUCAAAAAAGCAAAAUAAUAGUACCUCUACAGGGGUACAAGAAAACGCCAAUUCUUUGUCAGUAUUAAUAAUCAAGACCAAAACGAACAAAUUUUUUAACUAAGUUAUAUUCUUAAUUAUUACUUGAAGAAAAUUUGAUUGUGAUGUCUAUCAGUAUUUUUCUAUAUGCUUAUAUGUGGGGAUUUUUUAGUCUUAAAUUUAGAAAUUUAGAAAUGUUAUUUAAAUGCAUGGGAUGUGUGUAAAAAUAUAGUUGCAAAUAUAC